AUGGCUGAAGUUGACCACGAAGUCGAAAUCGCCGCUGAGGAAUCCGAUCACAGUGGAUCUGAAAUCGGUGAGAGCGUGGCAUCUUCGACGACCAGUCUCAGUGCCUCCAUUCUUGAAUACCGGAUUGAGAAUGGCCGGACAUAUCACCGAUACAAGGACGGAAAGUAUGGCAUGCCUAACGACGAAACGGAGGCGGAACGGCUAGACUUCCAGCAUGAUAUUUGCGUCUACACGUUCGACGACAGACUUGGAAUGGCGCCGCCAUGCGAUGAUACCGCAAAGGUCGGGCGAGUGCUUGACAUUGGAGCUGGAACUGGAAGCUGGGCUAUGGAUUUCGGUGACUUACACCCUGAGUCCGAGGUAUUGGGCGUUGACCUCUCGCCUGUAAGGGCGGAUUUCGUACCUCCGAACGUCAGGUUCGAGGUUGACGAUGUCGAGGAAGAGUGGACUUAUUCUCAGCCUUUUGAGUAUAUCCACAGCCGAUUUAUGACCGCAGCUAUUGACGACUGGGAUGUAUUUAUCAAGAGAUGCUACGACAAUCUUACCUCUGGUGGAUACCUGGAACUUCAAGAAGCCGAGGUCAUGCCCAAGUCUGACGACGACCUGUUGCCCAAAGACUCUUCAAUUGUCAAAUACGUCAAUAUGUUGCAUGAGGCUUCCGAAAUUACGGGUCGCAAAUUUAUUGAGGCGCCUCCGCUGAAGAACAAGAUGAUUGAGGCUGGCUUCGUCGACGUUGAGCUCCGCGUCUUCAAGUGGCCUCACAACACCUGGCCCAAGGAUGAGAGGUAUAAGAAGCUCGGCUUAUGGACGCAGGAGAACUUCGGCUCUGCGCUCGAAGCCUUGUGCAUGGCCGCCUUCACCCGCGUGCUCGGCUGGACGCGCGACGAGGUCAACGUCUUCCUCAUCGACGUUCGGAAUGACCUCAAGAACAAGAGCUACCAUGCGUAUUGCCCGGUCUACUGCAUCACUGGUCGCAAGCCGGAGAAGGAAAAGACCCCGCCGGUUCCUCAGGAGGAGACGGAGGCAGAGGACGGAGCGUAA